AUGCCUCCCCUCUGCCGACGGAAAGCAAACUUUCUGAGAGAACUCGAGUCAAAGUUGAAAGUUCACAGAGGAGCAAUCCUGUGUCAUGGAAAUCUCAACUUGUCUGAUCAAAGGGCUGGAAUGGAAAAGGUUCAAACCAUGACAGGUGGACCUUUGAAAAGGGUUUGUUUCAGAAUCUGCGGCAGAUCCACGGACAACGCGCUACUAUGCAGCACUCUCUCAAACAUUGCACGUGAUUCUCGAACAUACAACUGUCAGAAGAUUUGCGUAGACGGCCCGAACAGCUAUCAGUCAUUGCUUUCGGAGGGGAGGAUCAGAGAUUGCCGCCGGGACGAGUUGAGACGAUCACGCCAUGGCCAGACUGAGCCCGGACCGUCCAAGACCAUGGAUCUUUUGUCGCCCUCGACUAGAAACUUCGGAUGGUGCUUUUCUUUCUUGCGAAUCCGACGCGUCUUUGGACAGAUCUCAUCUGCUGGCUUCUGCCACCUGGGCAAGAUCAUGUACUGGAAACAAAUCAUGGAUACUGAUGUCGGACACGAGGUCUUUGAUCUCGGCUCACAUGUAAGCGCGGAGGGGGCUAUAACUGGCAUCAAAACACUUUAA